AUGACAAACCACUACGAGACGAAGGAGCCGUACGCCGAAGUCCACCAGCCGCCCCAGCCACCCGGCGACCAGGCCAGCUUCAUGUAUCCCGGCCAGGUACAGCUCGGGGCGCUGAGCCUCGAGGAGCCGUCGAUUAGCCCCGAAGCCGAGCAGCAGGAUAUGGGCGGCCAAGAUGUGAAACUGUUCGCCGCGGCGGGCAACGACCUGUCCCACGAUGUGCAGCCGCCGGAGAUUGUGGAUGACGCGAUAUUCGGCUCGUUGAAGGGCGGCAUGCAUCCUUUUGGAUACCCCUCCUACACGGCCGCCGCCUACAAUCACAAAAUGAUGGACCCAUAUAACACCACCCAUCCACUUCACAUCUGGCAUUGGCCCACCGAUGUCUCGUCGAUCUCGCCACAAAUGUUCGCCCAGCAGGAUAUGUUCGGCGCCCAGCAGACGACGCCCGGCUUGAUGCCCACCUAUCCGGGCUACACGUCCGCCGACUACUGCCAAUACGGAAAUAUGUUGACGCGGAUGCCGACGUACCCGGCAACGGCCACCCCAUCAACCCCUUCAUCAACCGAUGCAUCGAACGCCUCCACUGGCUCCCUAUCCACCUCCACCCCCUCCGCUGCUGACGGCCUCGGCGCCGCGACGUCAGCUUCUCGACAGAAGAAUCGGAACGUUGCAAACACCGACGGCCGUGAAUGUGCCAACUGCGCCGCCAAGCAAACGCCGCUGUGGCGACGAGACAGUACGGGACAUUACCUCUGCAACGCGUGCGGCCUCUACCAGAAGAUGAACAACACCGCCCGCCCCUUGCAAAAGCCCAAGAAACGACAGAACGCCCAAAAACGAACGGGAACACACUGCCGCAACUGCCACACGGAGACGACCACCCUCUGGCGACGCAACGGCAACGGGGACCCCGUGUGCAACGCCUGUGGCCUCUACUACAAACUGCACGGCGUCGCCCGGCCGAUCACCAUGAAGAAGGACGGCAUCCAGACGAGGAAUCGGAAGAUGACCAGCAAGGGCAAGAAGCGCGGCGACGAGAACGCCUGGAAGUCGUUUGAGCAGGUCGCCCGGUACCCAAUGUUCUCCGCCGGGCUGAUGAACCAGAGCUACCAGCCGACACUCUUCUACCCCCAGCAACCACAA